UCCGACGGAACGUUUCACCAGCGAACCCCGUCAUGUUGCUAUGAUGCUUGUUCCUCUUCAGACAGUUGACAUUGCGUGGUUAUUGUUAGCAUUAGGGUUUCUGGUAGCUUUCAGUAUUUGUAAAUUGUCUCUGAAACUCCCAGGUGACCUGGAGCACAUUUUCCAGGCUCUUAUUCGAUACGGAAAAACUAAAGCACAGAUCCAGCAGCCCAGAAUCUCUCCCUUACUUUAUGUUCCGAAAAGAUGGUUCUGGCAUUUCUAUGCGGUGUCUGUGCUCUGGAAUGGGCUUCUCCUCGGUCUCUCCCUCUGCACUGUGUUCCUCCAGAAACAGCUCCCUGACUUCCUGACACAGCUUCUUGGGUUUUUGACUGGACAACCAAAGGCUGCCUGGAGUGAAUUUAAGCUGACAGUCUUGGUGUUACAAGCUCUCCUGUGGAUCCAUUCCCUCAGGCGCUUGCUAGAGUGCCUCUGUGUCAGCGUUUUCUCUAAUGGACUGAUCAACAUUGUUCAAUACGCAUUUGGCCUGAGUUAUUACAUCCUCCUAGGGUUGACUGUCCUGUCUGUAAAUGCCUCACUACCUACAGAAGGGACGAUCUCACAGUUCAUAUGGCACGCAGCAGGCGUCCUGCUGUUCCUCUGGGCAUCACUGCUGCAGCACCGCUCGCUCUCAUUGCUGGCCAAUCUGCGCACUAGCAGCUCAGGUCGGGUGGAGACGCUUGCCCAUAGGAUACCACGUGGAGGCUGGUUCGAGCUGGUGUCCUGUCCUCACUACCUGGCCGAACUGCUGAUCUACACAGCGCUGAGCGUGUGCUGUGGCUGCGUCUCUUUCACAUGGUGGCUAGUGGUGCUCUACGUUCUCUGUAACCAACUGCUAGCGGCUCACCUCUGCCAUGAGUAUUACAGAAGCACAUUUAAAACAUAUCCAUCUGAGCGCAAAGCCAUCCUUCCAUUCUUACUCUAAUGAGCUGUUGUUUUUUUUAAUAAAUGAAAUAAAUGCUGAAAUUGUGUGAUUUAAAUAUGCAAAAAAAACAAUGAGGAAAGAUAAACAGAAUGGAAGAUAAAGCAGAAGCCUGGACAUCAGUUUGUAAUAAAUCUACAAGCUGCCAUUCUACAACCACCUAGCAACCACAUGGAAUACCAUAGCAACCACCAAGCAACACCCUAGCAACCACCUGCCUAUCAACAAGACAGCAACCAUCUGGAAUACCACAGCAACCACCUAGCUCUCACCUAGCAACAACUUGCAAGUACCUGGAAUACAAUAGCAACCAACUGGGAUACCAUAACACCUGCCUAGCUACAUAAAUGCAACCAUGAAAUAUCCUAAAACUUACACAACCAGGUCGUUGUUUCUUCUUCUUUUUUCCCUGAAAUAUUGCUAUUUGUUUUUCCACUUGAACGUUGUUGGUUGUUAUCACAUUAAAGGUGGAAAACCAUCUGACAUGA